UCCCCCUACCCCUCUCUCUCCCCACGUGACCAGAGCGAAGGUAUAUAAGGGUGGGCGUCAGCUGGUCGAAGUCACUACCUCAGAACCACCAGGCUGUCAACAUGAAGCAGCUGGUCAUAGUGUUGGCGUGUGUGUGGGUGACGGUGUCCGGCCUGGCUGUCACGCACCCCAAGCCGCCCUCGCUAGACCUCUCCGCCUUCGAUAUCAAGAACCUGCUGGAUAUAAGUCUGCCAGCCUUCGUGACCCAGACCCUCACCACGACUGUCAUUGAGACGGUAUCCACAGACGCCACAGAGUUCACCACCUGCGUCAGCUUCACUUCGACAUGCGCCACUCGAAGACAUCUCACCCAUCGCACCGAAAUCACUCCCUCCCUUCACCUUACCACAACCCUAGCCAACCCUAUUACCAACACCAUCCUUGAAAACUCACAUGAAGCGUCGCUCUCCCCAACCAUUCCUGAGGUGUGGGUGGGUUCCGAGGCGCCUGCUCUUGAUUCCUCACUCCCUGCCCCACCCUCAGUGUCCCAUAUACCUGAGGAGACACUAGCCAUGGACACUGAGUUAAUAGGAACAACAGAUACAGAUAUAGUUGGGCUGCUCUCUCCCUCUGCGACCAUCAGUGCUUCUUCCACCCCUCCGAGUGCUGUCUUUACUCAUGCACCUCUGCCUCCUUCUUCUUCUGGUCUUCUUCUGUCUUCCUCCUCCUCCUCUCCGAUACUCAGUGAAGCUAUUGCACGGACUCUUCUCUCUCCUGCUUCUUCUUUCUCUGCUGCUCCUCCUCCUCUUCCAACUUCUUUCUCUGCUUCUUCUCCUCUUCCUCCAGCUUCCUUCUCCUUUCCCUCUCCUCUUCCUCCUUCAGCCCCAUCUCCAGCAUCCUUCUCUCCCUCUCCUCUUCCUCCAGCAUCCUUCUCUCCUCUCCUUCCUUCACCCCCCUCCCCAGCCUCCCCUCCUUCUCCUCCUCCUUCUCUCCCCCUUGCUCCACGCUCCCUACAAGCUCUCCCUCCUUCACCUCCAUCCCCUCCUUCCUAUCCUCUCUCCCCAUCUCCUUCCCCAGCUUCCCUCCCUUCCCCUACCCCUCCCCCAGCCUCCCUCCCAUCCCCAGCCCCAGCAGCCACCCCUGCUAAAGAGGAGAUGCCCCAGGACGGAGACUUCAUCAUCCCUGCCUCGGCCGUCACCUUGGAGACAGAGGGCGGGCAGAGGGUCCACCGGCGCUGCUUUGAGGAAGGAGUUCAAGCCCGCCUCCUGACCCUCAUCACCACCACCGUCACCUCCACCGUCAUCACCGGCACCGUGACGCAGGGCAGCCCCACCCUCACCGUCACCUACAACUGUGUGCAGCCCGUCCUCGACCCGCCCAUCAACACGUGUUAGGCUCGCGCGAUGGACAUGGUGAAUACUUGUUUUGUUAGUCUCCUUUAAUGUAAGCUUUGCCACCAUGUAGAACUGUUAAUACUACUCUUGACCCUUCACUUCUUCCCUACUUCCUUCCUUCCUCACAGUUUAGACAGCGAAUAUAAAUAACGAUAAGUUAGACAUGUAUUUCCAAGCUUGCAUUUAGAGUGUAUCAAAUGUGUGUGAUUUUAAUGGUAUAGUUCUUGUUGUUAAUCCUUGUUGCUGAUCCAUCUAAAGACCAUGUUUGAGAAGGUAUACAUAUAAAUAAAUGAUUGUGGCUGCGAUGAAAAAAGGUUAAUGAGAAGAGAAACUAUCCUUCUUACUACUCCUUCAUUGUACUUGGCCAGACUAACUUGUAAGUUUAAGAACAUAUAAUACUAAGUGA